AAUUAUUAAUUUUUGUCUUCUUCAGUUCUUCAUUAUCAUUCAUGUCAUCCAAUGUUUGCCUGGAGAUAGCAGUGGAGAUCUUGGGGGAGGACAAUGCCAGAUCUUCUUUAGCACAGAUGCCUGUGCUAAUGGGCGCGUGAUAACGUGCUAGAAUGUCAGUGCGACUUCUGUCCCUGUCGUCGUCAGAACUUGUUCUCAGUCAAACCGUGUCAUCGACUGCUCGGAGAACAUUUUGUAGCUGCUUUUCUCCCACGAUAGCUCGUGGACAGGCGAUAUGUGGACGCCAUUCCGCACAUUUUCUGCCACCUUCCCGCUCCUAUCUGUGCCUCAAUCGCACAGAAUUUCAGCUAGGCAGUUGGUCGGCAUCUCUUGAUGUUUUCAUCCGCGCUCAGAGUGAUUUGGCUGGGCACUUGGAGACGUGUGCCAGUGCUCCUGAGCUGAUUACGCAUUAUUCGUCCUCACUGCAGUCCACAGGCGAUGAUAAGCUACUGUUUCUCAUUAGUUUGGCCAAAUGCCUGCAGAAGGAGUCAGUUGAACAGGCGCAUCGAAUCUACAGCGAUCCUGUGAUCACGUCUCUGUCUCUCCUCUAUAGCUCAACGCCGUCGAAGGUUGGUGCAAUCAGCAAUGCAUUUUUGGAUCUUCCCCACCAGCCAGCAGUGUUAUCUGCCAAUGUGAAGGAGACACUGAUCAAGGCUGCAACUGAUCUCGACAACUUGUCCCCAAUAAAGAACACAGCCUUAGUGGCACUUGCCAUGUCCCGCCUGGGCGUUGUAGACAGCGAGCCUUGGUCUAGGGUUGCAGCGGUGGCUUGCGCAAACUUGAGUACUGCCAGUGUGCACAACCUGUUUGUCGUUCUGGACGCCCUGACGGCAACCAAGGCCUUUGCGUUGCCGGCGCUGGUCGACCUGCGCAUGCGCACCGAGACUCAACUGCAGGAGAGUCUGUCUACCCUGUCCAUGAAUCAAAUGCAAGACCUGGUGCAGAUGUAUGCGAGGCCGUCCACGGCUGCGCUCCACAAGUCCCGCACGAUCAUGCCAUCCGAGUCGGCCAUGACCAAGGCCAGCCAGCACAUCCUGACCCUCGCGUCCAGCCCGUCGUUCCCGCUGUUGGGCGAGAGCAGCGCCAUCUCCGACCUGCUGGAGAUGUGCCGCAAGCUCUACAUCAACAUGAUGCCGGUGGACAAGGGUCUGGUGGAGCUCAUCUCUCUGUGGCUCUUGCAGCACCAGGGUGCUGACAACGGCGAGCCAUCGCAGGAGGUGGCCAAACUGUCCGCUGGCGACGUGAACAACUUUGCUUGCCUGGCGUUCCUCGUCGCCAGCGAUUCGCCGGUGACGGAGAAGGCGGCCGGUGUCGUGCUCGCUGCGCACCGGGACACGCUGAAGCUGCCAGCCCUGCUCAACUUCCUCAGCUAUUUCAAGGCUGCGAAAUCGCUGGACAACAUUCGCUCAGUCUUGAGAGCCGUCCUGCAGCAGAAGAUGCGGGACGACUUGCUGCCAGACCUGCUCAAGACGCUAACGUCCGUGCUGGCCUUUUCCGAUCUGGAGCGCCUGGAACUGAGCCCGUACGCGGCCUGGCUGGCCGAGCGCAUCAACGCCGGCGACACCAAGCUGUCCGUGCAGCAGAUCUUGGAGCUAAAACGUAUGUCACAGUGA